GCUGAACUUUCGCACCACCGUGCAAUGCUGUAGGAGACGACUCGAGGCGGAGAUCUUGUACCGAAAAUGUCAUUUUUGACAUAGCACGACCAAAAUUUUAUGAAGCAAACCACGAGUAGGAAUACGAAUAUUAUAUAAAUAUUUAUAACUACCACGACAGAUGAAGAUGAACAAGGAAAAGGAUGACGAGUUAGGAUCAAUCCACUUUCCGAAGUUCUCUAGUUUUUACAUGUUCGUGAUUGGUAAAAAAAAAGCAAACUUCAUCAACAUUGUCGUGACAAAACCACUGCACAACUUUCUCCCUCUGAUGUGGCAGCCCGUAAUUUGCGCGAUUUUCGAAGAUUUUUGAACAAACAAGUUCUCCUGUUCCUCUCGGUACUAUUGAAACUUCUCGCCUUCUUGCAAGAACAACAGACACCUACCAUGGACGCGGCUUCGACCGAGCUGUGGAUCGGCGUGGGUGUUGCCACAGCGGUGGUGAUACGCACUGCAAAAAAAUAUCAGUCUGGGUCUGGAAAAGUUGUCCAGCACCAUCUUAUUGAGGUUUUUUGGGGACCACUACUAUCUUCCCCACGUGUGACGCUGUAGACCACAGUCGCAAUUUGGCUAUGGCAAAAUUACCCGGGAUGAUGAUGAUAUUGGACGAUCUUCUAUGCAGCUACACAGAUAAUUUUCGUCUUAGCUCGAAGGACGCAUGAUGCGCAUCUUCUUCACAUCCAGACCCAGAGCACAUGAUUUUUUGCAGUUCAUAUUUCGCGGUAGUAGUUGGGUAUCUUUUGUUCUUUCACGACAAGGCUGGCACUGCUCCCCUCCCUGGGAAACUUCUGCAGAGCGGAACGUUCCAGCUUCCGUUGGUAAAUUUUGACGACGAAAUAUCCAAGAAAAAAACUGUGUAGGUGUAACUUUGUUGGAAGAGCGGCGUCACAAAUUCGCUUCGCAUUACGGGGAAGACCUGUCAUGGGCAGCUAAUACGUGAAAACACGUAUGAAAGUAGCCUAAUAUGUAUGACGCAGACUGACCGGGCUGGCUGCAUGACAAGUGUUAUCAGAUUUGCAUUUUCUGCAUCACAGGCUUACACUCGUCACACAGUUUUUUUCUUGCAUACGAGAGUUUGGUCGAGGAACGGCAGCGGGAUUUCAUGCGCACCUGCGCGGCGCAAAAGGACUUGCACUUUCUGGUGCUGAAAAGAACAAUAGAAUACGGGAAAAAUGAAGGGAAAGUAUUAAAAACCGAGCUGAAACUGCUCGAGCUCAAGGACACGAGUUCCUUUGCCGCCUGUAUGACUUCCUUGCGGGAAGCGGACUUCUUCCAGACCGAGGGCGCCAAGCUAUUCCAGGAGAGCGGCGUCUACAGCUUAGUGUCUGCCACCACGCCGUUCGACUUCAGCAUGAAAUUUUAUCAACUGUAAAUAUGUCUGGGUCUGGAAGGAUGCAACUUGUCAUGCUAAAAAGUCUGGACUGGUGUGAAAAAAUCUGUGUUGCAUGGUUAUCAAAAGUUGUCCACUUUUGACCAAUUUGCGAGGAAGCCUCUCAAACGGGCUCGGCACGACAGAGACCUCACAGAGUCUGUCAUGCUUUGUCUCGCAUUCCAGGCCUCAUACGUCAUGCAAAACCUGCUCCUGCAUGACAAGUUUACACUCUUCCAGACCCAGACAUAUUUGCAGUAGUUAGUUCCACCGGUGGACAUAAUAGCAUGUUUUUAAUCUCUCUCUACAUAGUGCAUCCACGUAGUUCUCUUUUCUUUUCUUUCUUCAAAAAGUUCAAGUCGUUCUCUUCCCUGUGCUGUACCAUGGUCUUGUUUCCAGACAAAACACCAGACAUAUUUGCAGUUGAUAAAUUUGGCGUCAUACCCAUGUUCCACGACCCAAAGUACGUGAUCCUCUAUCACGAAGACACUAAGCAGUUUCAGGUAUAUUUUGUAAUGAAGAAAAUUUUCUUUUUUUCAUUUGAGAUUUCACGUGGGAUUCGGAUUGUGAAAAAACUCAUGAUAUGAAUGUAGUGAACCUUCAUGAUGUAGUGAACAAUUUGAUUCGACUUUCGAAUGCGCUACGGUUGCUUCCUUGUGACCAUCAAAAAAGAAAAUAUUGUGUUGCAAAACUAUGUAACAAUUAUGAAACCCAGAUACUUUGGGGUGCGUGGAUCAAUGACAAAGCCGAGCCGGUUCCCGCCAACAAAAGAUGGCCGUUUUUCGUGUGGUACGUGUCGCAGCCGCUCGGAAUGAAGCCGCCAGCGGAAAUCUCCUUUUCGUAUGGAGCAAUAAGAAAUACCAAGGACAGUGUGAUGAAAAACAUUGAGGUGGUGUGUGCCGAGAUGUUCUGAUCGAAGAUACAAAAACAAAAUGUUGAAAACAAGCAGUACGAAACGGAAAAAGAAAAACCUCGCAG